CUUGCUGUCUCCCCGCGCGUGAGCCGACAUCCUCAGUCGAGAUUGGAACAACGUCUCUCAUGGCUCCUCGAUCCGCACGACGGUCCAGAGCUCCCGACUCUGACGACGAUGAGUCGCGGCCAAACACGCCUUCCUCCACCGCCCCCAACGACAGCAAACGCAUACGAAGACAUGCCAACGCCGUCGAGGAUGAGGACGAGUCACCUACGCAGCCAGCCCCUGCGGUCCUAAAUAUGCGCAAAACGCAUGUCGUGGCCGAUGGAGGCAAAGACGAAAACGCUCGCGCGACAGGCCACCACCCUGGUGCCAUUGUCCGGGUCAAACUUAAGAAUUUUGUCACCUAUACCUCCGCCGAGUUCUUUCCGGGGCCAAAUUUGAACAUGGUCAUCGGGCCGAAUGGCACUGGAAAAAGUACGCUCGUUUGUGCCAUUUGUCUUGGGCUCGGGUGGCCUCCCAGCUAUCUCGGGCGCGCAAAAGAACCCGCGGAAUUCGUCAAGCACGGCUCUCGGGAGGCCAUCAUCGAGAUCGAACUGCAGCGAACGCUCAAACUCCGCAAGAAUAUUGUCAUCACAAGAGUGAUACAAAGAGAGGGCAACAAAUCGAAAUUCUUCGUGAACGGGGCCGUGUCUUCGGGUCUCGCCGUCAAGCAGCUGGCGAACUCGUUCAACAUUCAGAUCGACAAUCUCUGCCAAUUUCUGCCCCAGGACAAGGUCGUCGAAUUUGCUCAGAUGAGUCCCAUUGAGCUCCUCACCAGCACGCAGCGGGCCGUGGCCGGAGCAGAAAUGAUCAAGAUGCACGAGGAUUUGAAGAAGCUCCGCAGCUCUCAGAGCGAUGUCAUGACGGAUGACAGGGAUGCCCAAGAACAACUCGCAAACCUGGAGAGCAGACAAGCAAUGCAACACGCAGAGGUGGAGCGGAUGAGGGAGAGAGCCACGGUCAAAAAGAGACUUGCGGGCUUGGAGAAAUUCCGGCCGCUAGUUCAUUACCACAAAGCCAAGGAAAACUUCCUGAUCGCGAAGCAGAGAAUGGCGGACCUAGGAGACGAGAUCAAACGCCUCAGGACCGCGGCUGCUCCUGUCCUGCGAAGCCUCGACGCUAAGAAAGACUACGAGGUCAAGGCACGGGCGUUCAAAGCAGCCUGUGAGAAGGAGCUGGGGGCAAGUGCCAAAGAUUGUGAGCGGAAAGCUAGGGUCGUCGAGGAAAGACAAGGUGUAAUAAACGACUUGAACAACGAAAUCCAAGCAGAGAAGAAGAGCGUCCCCGAGAAUAGAGCGAAGCUACAACGAGAACAGAUGAAGCUACAAGACCUGAAACGGAAGAAAGCAGAGGUCCCAGAGGCGUUCGACUCUCGGGCCAUGAACGGCGAGAUACAGGACCUGAGGACUCGUCUGCGGGCGCUGGACGACCAGAAAAGCGACCUGGAGUCACGGAAGGCAGAAUUGGGAGACCGCGCCGACAGGUCAGUCAAACAGUUUCAAGCAUUGAAGGGCCAGCUGGCAGGACUGGAAACCCAAGUCGGUCAGCAGGAAGGGAAACUGGAGAACUUGUCACGGGACACCUUGAAGGCAUGGAAGUGGAUUCAAGAUCACCGCAGUGAAUUCACCGCGCAUGUCUACGGACCUCCGAUUGUGGAAUGCUCGCUCAAAGACCCACGCAUGGCUGAUGUGGUCGAGUCUUUCCUGCAGACCAGCGACUUCAAGUUCAUCACGGUCCAGAACAAGGCCGAUUUCACUCUGCUCCAACGCCAGCUGUUCCAAGGUCUCAAGCUCCACGACGUAAGCCUCCGCGAGUGCACCACUGAUAGCCUGGAGCAAUUCCGUCCACCACUGACGGGAGAAGAAAUGGAGCGAUUCGGGUUGAGCAGCUGGGCUUUGGAACAUUUGCAAGGCCCGCCGACCGUCUUGGCCCAACUCUGCUAUGAAAGAGCCCUACACAGGUGUGCGAUCAGCUCCAGAGAGCUUAGUCAACAACAGCAUGAUGAUGUGGCAAGGACUCCCAUACAGAGUUACGCCGCGGGGAGAAAGAUCUACCACUUCCUCCGACGUGCGGAGUAUGGGGCAGCUGGGACGUCCGCCAGGGUCCACGACAUGCGUCAAGCCAGGAUGUGGACGGAACAGCCGGUGGAUAUGGGAAGAAAGGCUGCCUUACAACGACAGAUGAACGAAGUGAAAGGCGAGCACGCAAUGUUCAAGUCUGAGUCCAAAGACAUUGACAAAGAGAUCGAGCAAGUCGAGGAGAAUCAAACGCUCAUCCACAGGGAGAUUGACGCCAAGCAGAGAGAGAAGGCCGCAAAACAACAGGCGCUCUCAGAAUGGAAUGCUCUGGAUCCCAAGAUCCAAAGCCACGAGGAUAAGAUCCGCAUUUUGAACGAAGCAUUGGGCGGAGUCAGGGCCCGGUUGAACGAGCUCAACGACCGGUACGAUGCCGCUCUGUUGGACAAAACGGAAGCCGUUCUCGACUUUGUACAGGCCACGAGAAACGUCAAGUCGAAGACCGCCCGCUUGCUCGAAGCAGAGAUCUUCCACCUCGAGGCCAAAUCGGAUUUUGACGUGUUGAAGGCGCACAAUGAUCAUAUACUCCGAGGCAUCGAUGAGAGGGAGGCCGAGCGAAAUACCGCCAACGAAUUCUUCACCGAAGAGCGUGAUCGAGCCAAGAAUUUGCGCAAGGUUGCUUUGCAACUGAGGGCAGAAAGUGAAAAGGUUCAAGAGGAAGGUGACAGCAGCCUGGUCGACCUCAUCGAUCACAUCGUCCAGACGGUCAAAACGGAAGAGAAUCUGGACGCCGAGAUCGACGCCGAGAAGGCCAAACUCGAGUUGACCGAGGGCGGUAAUGCCGGUAUCAUCGCAGAAUUCGAGGAACGAGCCAAGACGAUUGAGAAGUUGAGGAGCAAAGUUCAAGAUGCCAAUCGACAACGGGAGGAGUUCAGACACGCGAUUGGAACGAUCCGGGCGCAGUGGGAACCUCGACUGGAGGAAAUUGUGGGCAAGAUCAACGACGCCUUCUCCGAUUCCUUUGCGCGGAUUGGAUGUGCUGGGCAGGUUGCCGUGCACAAGGCGUCAUCUGACAGUCCCGCCGACUGCACCGAGGAGAACGGCGGAAUGGAAAACGGGCUCGACUUUGCCAACUGGGCCAUCCACAUCAGCGUCAAGUUCCGCGAACAAGAGCCGCUGAGUCUUCUGGACAGCCACCGCCAGUCUGGCGGCGAAAGAGCAGUCAGCACCAUCUUCUACCUGAUGGCGCUGCAAAGCCUGAACCGGGCGCCCUUCCGAGUGGUCGACGAGAUCAACCAGGGCAUGGAUCCACGGAAUGAACGCAUGGUGCACGGCAGGAUGGUCGACAUCGCCGCGGACGACGGCGGCAGUCAAUACUUCCUCAUCACGCCCAAGCUGCUGAGCGGAUUGAAGUACAGUCGGGGCAUGACGGUGUUGUGCAUCGUCAGUGGCGAAAACAUGCCCGCUGCCCGCAAACAGGACGAGGCAGGCAAUUGGCAAGACGGACCCAAGGUUGAUUUCCGUAUGUUCGUGAAAAGGGCAAAGGAGCUGGAUAUGGAUGGCUUUGCCGAGGGAAGGAGGAUCGACUCCGGUGUCGGUAUGACUGGACGCCCUGCCAGCACGGGCGAGUCAACAGCCGUCGGGGCUUGAAGCAGUAAAUCAAGGUGCCAACCACGGUCUUCUGACUGCUCCAGGAUGGGAGUUGACCAACAGAAUCAUGGGUAUGUAGGUAGAAUGCGUCGCCGUUGUCCCCAAGGCCUGGCAACUGAACCGCUGCUGUGCCGAGGUCUUCUUUGCUCUUUCGUUU